AUGAGGUCUGAGAAGCCGCGGCUGCGGAAGAUCACGGCGGAAGAGGUGGCGCUUCAUGACACCGAGGAUGACUGCUGGAUUAUUGUGGACGGCAAGGUGUAUGACGUGACGUCGUAUGUUUACGAGCACCCUGGUGGCGACAUCAUUGCCGAUGAUGCCGGCUACGACGCCACCGAGGGAUUUGACGAUGCGGACCACUCUGACGAGGCGGUUGAGGAGAUGGCCCAGUUCCUCAUCGGCGAGUUGGACGAGUCUCGGUGA